AUGGACAUUGGAUCCAGCAGCAACCCCCCAUCAAGCGACCAGCUGGGCAAAGUCACGACUCGUCUCAACCUAUACAAGAACCACCUCACCUCCUCGUCCCCACCUUCUUCCACCACCUUCACUCCAAAAGUCCCCUCAAACACACCAACAAUGGCCGCCCGCGACCCAAUAACCUGCCACGUCCUCAACACCCUUACCGGCACCCCCGCCGCCAACCUUCCCGUCACACUCACCCUUCUCUCCUCCACAAACACAACUACCACCACAACCUUCAACGCGACAACAAACGCCGAUGGCCGCGUCGCAAAUUGGACACCUACCCCAGAAACAGCAUCCGCAAGCAGUUCCUCCGUCCCCGCGAUCCUCGCAAGCCUCCCCGCCGCCGACUCAAAGACAAACUGGGCGCUCCGCUUCGAGGUCGGUCCGUGGUUCGAGGCGCAGGGCGUCGAGAGUUUCUGGCCCGAAGUCGAGGUAAAGUUCACAGUCAAGGGGCGCGGGAAGGAGGGUGAAGAGGGCUGGAGGCAUUAUCAUGUCCCCGUGCUGCUGGGGCCUUGGAACUAUUCGACGUAUCGUGGGUCGUGA